AUGGUGAUUGUGCCUACUACAGCUACAAAAUUACCCAGAAUUCAACUUUUUCUUACCUUGUCAGAACCUAACAAAGCCUGCAAGAAGUUUGAAUUUUCUCGUGCUUUUUGCUGUAGAGUUUCAUUGGUUAAUGAUAAUUUAUUUUACUACUACUAUAACAAAUUGCGAAAUGCAGGCUUUUUCAGGUCAGCAUCAGCUUUUAUGAACAUACUGCUGCCUACACUGAAAAUUAUCACAGAUUAUUAUCCAGGCCGUCUUCACAAAGCUUUUGUCAUUGAUCCUCCCUCCCUUUUCUCUUAUCUUUGGAAGGGAGUGAAAACAUUUGGUGAGCUAGCACCACUUACAAUGGUAUUGGAUUUCAACUACUUCACUUGGUAUGAUCCAAAAUCAGCAUCCCACAGAUUCAACUCUCCAAGAUCAAGAUUGGGUCAUGCUCGAUUUGCCUUCACUAGCGUUGACACGUCAUCUUCCAAAUUAGGCCCAACAAUCUCACCCACCCCUCAAUGCUCGAUCCUACUCCUUUGCUCACCUGUUGCUAGGACUCCACGUGGCAACAUCGGAGCCGUUAAAAAAGGAUUCUUCCCUUCACACCUUUGCCCUAGAAAACGUAACACAAGAUUUAUUAGAUCCAAGGGCUGUGAGACCUUCAUUUUUUCAAUCACCAGCAAUGUUCUUCAACAAGGAGGGACACGUAAGCAAGACAGAAAAGCCUCGAGAGUCAUUUGUACCGUUCUUGAAGUUUUAUCGUAGACCGUACGAUGAGACCUCCAUUAGGUCUUCAACGCCAUCAUAUUUCAGUAAGGCUGCUUGGUGGGCCGGGCCUGAAUCGGACCGGACCGGGCCCGCGGUCCUAACGGGUCUGGUGGGCCGGUCUUGGUGGGCCUGGGAAGCCCGUGACGGGCGGUCUUCUAGUUUGAGCCCACGAGCCCGGGACCGUCAGGCGGGCCUGGCGGGCCUAACGGACCCAACGGCUAUUUUUUUUAAAAAAAAAAAAUUAAAAUUCUCUAACGGCCAUAUUUAAAAUCUAGUCGUUUGGGCUGAAAAUAUGAC